AUGGAUCCGAUUGAACGUAGCAAAACACAGGAUGAGAAGGAGGCAAGAAGAAGAAGAGACGAUGAAGAUUUGGAAAAGGGUAAUGAUGAUGCGCAUGGAAUGAAAAGUAAUGUGGGCACUGCAGGACUCGAUGAUGAGGAUAAACAGCUCCCACCGCUGAAAGCUCUCUCGUUCCUGGAUCGAUUCUUGGUCGUGUGGAUCAUAUUGGCCAUGGCCAUAGGUAUCGUUAUAGGCAACACAGUCGACUCGGUGGGGCCUGCAUUGCAGAAAGGCGAGUUUGUCGGUGUGAGCAUACCCAUAGCCAUUGGACUGCUCGUCAUGAUGUACCCGAUACUGUGCAAGGUCCGCUAUGAGACACUGCACCUGCUUCUCAACUCAAAAGCGCUGUGGAUUCAAAUCGCCGUCUCUUUCGUCCUCAACUGGAUCAUGGCCCCACUCUUCAUGGUCGGCCUUGGCUGGGCUUUCUUGCCAGACCGGCAGGAUCUGCGCGAAGGCCUGAUCUUCGUUGGCAUUGCCAGAUGCAUCGCCAUGGUGCUCAUCUGGACGGAUCUUGCACAGGGUGAUGGCGACUACUGCGCGGUGCUCGUCGCCUUCAACUCUAUACUACAAAUUGUGCUGUUUGCGCCGUUCGCCAUCUUCUACGUCGAGGUUGUUAGUCAUGGCCAAAAGACGACGGUGUCAUACGAGGGCGUGGCGCAGAGCGUGGGAGUGUUUUUGGGGAUCCCUCUUGGUGCAGCAGUCGUGACAAGGCUGGCUUUGAGGACGGUGUUGGGAGAGGAUCGGUACCAAGGCCGCUUCAUCCGAUACAUUGCACCCUUUUCGCUCAUGGGGCUGAUCUACACCAUCAUCGUGCUCUUUGCGAGUCAGGGUGCGCAUGUCGUCCGACAGAUUACCGACGUGCUUCGCGUUUGCGCGCCACUGCUCGUCUACUUUCUGGUUGUUUUCACAAGCACCGUCUGGUUCUGCUGGAAGAUGGGCUUCGGGUACAAGGUCAGUUGCACGCAAAGCUUCACGGCGGCGAGUAACAACUUUGAACUGGCGAUUGCAGUCGUCGUGGCCGUGUACGGUGCUGGAAGCGGACAAGCCCUGGCCAGUACUGUAGGGCCUCUGAUUGAAGUACCGGUGCUUGUAGUGUUGGUAUACGUCUUGAAGUGGAUCCGUGCGAGAUGGCAAUGGGCCUAG